UUUUAAAUAAGUUUCUCUCUCUUUUCUGCACUUGCAAGCUGUUGAGAGACUUGCAUCAUGUUUCUUGGGCGUAUGUAAUAAGUAAUAAGGUUAUUAUUAUCGAUUUGAUUUGAGGAGCAUUCGCGAGUAACUGUGUCCUGUCUCUAAAUCCUCAAUUGGAUACAGGAAGUACUCAAUUUAUAUUAAAGACUGCAAUUUGCUCACUAAAGCACAGCCAUGGACGACAAGAUAGAAGCAAAGCCUACUUAUAAGGCAAUACCAGAGAAAGACAUGGAAGAGGAGGCCGUUUCUCGACCUAAAUUACUGACUAAACUGUUGUCCAGCGGAGAAUCUGAUGGGGCAGAUGAGAAGAUGCUCCCCGAUGAAAAGGUGUCCCAUAAAUCCGAUAUCAGUUUGAAAGAUGUGAAGAUUUCAAAUGAGAAAAAUGGGGAUGCGAAACUUGAUAUCGGCGAACCUAUGCUAUCUUUUGGCGGCAUGAACAAAGAGGAACUGAUGAAGUAUGCUAACGAUCCAUUCUGGGUACGUCUGCGAUGGUUCCUUUUUAUUGGAUUUUGGCUUCUUUGGGCAGCAAUGUUGGUGGGAGCUAUACUGAUAAUCUAUGCCGCACCCAAAUGUGAUCCACCACCACCAAGAACUUGGUGGCAGGAGGGACCACUGGCUUUAGUGUCUCCAGAUACCAACCCAGAACAACUGAAAACUUUGGAUAAAAAUAUAAAAGGAUUGAUUGUUAGCUGGCAAGGAGAUGCUUACAAAGAAUUUGACGAAUCUCAUGACGUUAUCAAAAUACUCAAUCAAGCAAAGGAUUUGGGGAGGAGGACUAUUAUAGAGUUAGACCCUUCAUCUUCUGAAGUUUGGUUUGAAGAAAGCGAAAACAAAAACAUCUCUUACAAAGAUUACUAUAUUUGGAGGGCUGCAAAAGGUACUGGGGACGGAACUCCUCAACCUCCCAAUAACUGGGUUGACAAAAACGAUAAUUCUUCUUGGCACUACUCUGAAAAACGCCAGGAAUAUUACUACGCACCUCUGAAUAAAAAAAUUUUGAAUUUCCGCAAUGCCAGCGUCGUCGCAGAAUUUUCUGCUGUCAUCAAUAAGUUCCUAGGUUUUGGUGCUUCUGGAAUACGUCUCAGGAAUGCACCUAUUUUACUAGUUGACGAGAAAUAUGAAGACGAAACCCCUGAUCAAAGCAACGCUGAACAUUCCGCUAUCAAGCAGUACGGCUUCUACUUACAUUCCAAGACUGAAAACUUGCCGGAGCUGGGAGAUCUUUUGAAGACUUGGAAAAAGAUCGUGAGAAACAAGACUGUAGAUGGCCCUCUGAUGGUAGCAGACGAGUUGGUGAAAGUUCAGUCGUACCAUGCCAAAGACAACCUUCUUGCCGUGGAUCUUCCUGUCAAGACCCAUUCCUUUGACAAGCGAAACGUCAGCGACAUCGUCAAUAACUUGAACUAUACCUUCAAUGUGGACAAUGUUGAAUGGCCGUUGUGGAAGAUUAAUUCCACAUCACUUCCCUCUGAUGUGGUAGAUAUAAUUACUUACCUUCUUCCCGGUACGACUUUGGUAGGAGUAAACGCUACCAUUGACCCCCAGCUUCUGAAAAUUAGGGAGUCACCUUCAAUCAUGAGGGGAAUUUGUAGCUUACACAGCAUUCACAAUAACACUGUGUUUGCUUUCAUCAGGGUGACGUCUGGAAAUCCAGGUGUGUUGGUAGCCCUGAAUACGGGAGAUCAGAAAGUUGUAGUCAACUUCCAGACGGAUGUGCCAGCUCUCUCAGAACUACAGAAAGUUACUAUACAGCAUUAUAGUAGAAAUUUCAAUGAGCCAGAUUAUAAGAGCAUCAAUGCAAAGGUGGAUGCCACGGCGGUACCGAUUUCUCCCAAAUCGGUGAUAGUUUUUUCGUAUGUUCCAAAGAAGAAUGAGUAAAGUGAUUGAAACUGGACCAUAUAUAUGUCAAAAGCUCAACUUUGCGAAUCAGUAUUGUAUUCAUUUCUCGGAAAUGAAAUAAAUGUAUUGCAUUUA